ACUUCAUCCACCAUUAAAGCUCACACCUUUCUUCACCAUUUUCUUCACUUUCAGUUUUACAGUAGAAUUCUCCCGGGCUUUCUCCACCAUGGACAUUCAUAUGACCAUCUUCUUCUUCUUGGGACUCUCUGCUCUCUGUUCAUCAUUCACAGAUGCCAGCUCUAUCGGUGUAAACUACGGCAGGGUUGCCGACAACCUUCCGUCAGCUGUUAAAGUAGUCCAGCUACUCAAAUCUCAAGGAAUCAACAAGAUCCGUGUCUACGAUACCGACCCUUCUGUUCUUAAAGCCUUGUCUGGUUCCGGCAUUAAAGUUACCGUUAACCUCCCCAACCAACUCCUCUUCAAAGCCGCCAAACGCCUCUCGUUCGCCUAUUCAUGGGUCCAAAGAAACAUAGUCGUCUACCAUCCUUCUACCCAAAUCGAAGCCAUUGCUGUUGGAAACGAAGUUUUCGUCGAUUCCUCCCAUAACACGACUCUCUUCCUCGUACCCGCCAUGAAAAAUAUCCAAGCAGCUCUAUUGAAAUACAAUCUCGGUUCUGAAAUCAAAAUUUCUUCUCCCAUUGCCCUAAGCGCUCUAGCAAACUCAUUCCCGUCUUCCGCCGGUUCCUUCCGCCCCGAAAUUAUCGAACCCGCCGUAAAACCCCUGCUCCAAUUCCUCAGGGAAACCAAAUCCUUCCUUAUGGUUAAUGCCUAUCCGUUUUUCGCUUAUGAAGGGAAUUCCGGUGUCAUUUCUCUAGAUUAUGCUCUGUUUAGGGAAAACCCUGGAAACGUUGAUGCAGGAAAUGGAUUGAGAUAUUUCAAUCUCUUCGAUGCCCAAAUCGACGCCGUUUUCGCUGCACUAUCGGCAUUGAAGUACGACGACAUUUCGAUUGUGGUGUCGGAAACCGGAUGGCCUUCGAAGGGCGACAACAAUGAAAUCGGUGCAAGUCUUGAAAAUGCGGCAGCAUAUAAUGGGAACCUAGUCCGCCGCGUUCUAACCGGAAAUGGGACACCUUUAAGACCCAAAACAGAUCUUACAGUUUAUCUCUUCGCUCUGUUCAACGAAAACCAGAAAUUCGGUCCCACUUCAGAGAGAAACUACGGCUUGUUUUACCCAAACGAGGAAAAAGUCUAUAAUAUCCCCUUCACCGUUGACGGGCUUAAGAAUUCGCCGGAAAGUUCAAGGUCGAUUUCGCCGGCGAGAGGAGAGCAGAGAAUGUCGACGCCUGUUGUUAGAGGAGGAGGAGGUACAAUAUCUGCGACGGCGUCAGGGGGUCAUAGUUGGUGCGUGGCGAAUGGUGAAGUAGGGAAAGAUCGGCUGCAAGCGGGUCUAGAUUAUGCUUGUGGGGAAGGAGGUGCCGACUGCCAUCCGAUCCAACCAGGGUCUGCGUGUUACGAUCCUAACACGUUGGAAGCUCAUGCAGCGUAUGCUUUCAACAGCUAUUAUCAAAAGAAGGGCCGUUCGAUGGGUUCGUGUUAUUUUGGUGGGGCCGCAUUCAUCACCAGUCAACAACCCAAUUUCGGCAAGUGCGAGUUUCCAACUGGUUACUAAAUAUAGUAGUUAGAUAAUAAUAUAUAGAAGAAAUAGAGAGUAUCGUGUUUGUAUAUUCAGUUUAUAAACUAAGGUGACUUAUGUUUAUCAUGCUAUUAUUGUAACUUUUAUUAAAUCGUCUUCAUUUUAUUUUUC